ACGUGCAUGAGAAAAAGUCUAACACCGACAGCAUCACUUGACACUGAGCUAUUCAAUAUUGGAGGCCAAUGAUUGCUUUACUGUGAUCUUCAUCAAUUAUUCAUUUUUUGCCAAAGAAAGAAAGAAGCUGUGAUUGUAUUUCUCAUAUCACAUCCUCCUCCUCCCUCAUUUGAGCUUGUUCUAGAUAUCAAAUUUCUCUUUUAUUCAGUUCAUUUCGAACUUUCUUUCUCUUUCUAGUUACCUUGUGGCUUGUAGAUAUUCAGGCGUAGAGACAAACAAAGAUCCAGUGUGCACUUGUUCCAAUCCAACACCAUACUCUCUCUCUGAGAUAUUUUGGAAAUUGAAUAUGUUGUAUUUUUUUGUCUCUUGCUUAUUUCGUUGUGUGUUGUUUUUCUCUAAGAUAUUCUGGAAAUUCAGUGUGUUGUUGUAUUUUCUUGUCUCCUGUUUACUUCGUUGUGUGUUGUUUUUCUCUAAGAUGUUAUGGAAAUUGAAUAUGGCAUAUUUUUUUGUCUUUUGUUUAUUGUGUUUUGGGUUGUUUUUCUUUGUCUGUUGGUUACUUCAAAAGCUUAGUGAUCCUGUAGUUGAAAAACCCGUGUCUGAGGACAACAAAGCUCCUCAAACAAAGUAUGAUGUUUUUGUUAGUUUCAGGGGCAAGGACGUUCGUGGCAACUUUCUUAGCCAUUUGGAUGAAAUUUUCAAAAGGAACAAAAUAUAUGCCUUUGUGGAUGAUAAACUUAAGAAGGGAGAUGAAAUAUGGUCAUCACUUGUUGAAGCAAUUGAACAAUCAUUCAUUUUGCUGAUCAUAUUCUCCCAAAGCUAUGCUUCUUCCCGUUGGUGUUUAAAAGAACUUGAGGCAAUACUUGAAUGCAAUAAGAAAUAUGGACGGAUUGUAAUUCCAGUUUUCUACCAUGUGGAGCCUGCAGAUGUACGACAUCAAAGAGGGAGUUACAAAAAUGCAUUUAAGAAGCAUGAAAAAAGAAACAAGACUAAGGUGCAAAUCUGGAGACAUGCUUUAAAAAAAUCUGCUAACAUUGUAGGAAUUGAGACAUCAAAGAUUCGAAACGAGGUUGAGUUGCUUCAAGAAAUUGUAAGGCUUGUGCUGAAAAGGUUGGGUAAAUCUCCGAUUAACUCAAAAAUACUUAUUGGAAUUGAUGAAAAAAUUGCAUAUGUAGAAUCAUUGAUACGCAAAGAGCCAAAAGUCACUUGUCUUAUUGGAAUUUGGGGCAUGGCCGGUAAUGGCAAGACAACCCUUGCAGAAGAAGUAUUUAAGAAACUACAAUCUGAAUAUGAUGGUUGUUAUUUUCUAGCCAAUGAAAGAGAACAAUCAAGUAGACAUGGAAUAGAUUCUUUGAAGAAAGAAAUUUUUUCUGGACUUUUAGAAAAUGUUGUGACAAUAGACGAUCCAAAUGUGUCUCUUAUUGAUAUUGAUAGAAGAAUUGGUCGUAUGAAAGUUCUUAUUGUUCUCGAUGAUGUUAAUGAUCCAGAUCACCUAGAAAAAUUACUGGGAACUCCUGAUAAUUUUGGAUCAGGUAGUAGAAUAAUUAUAACAACCAGAUAUGUGCAAGUACUUAACGCUAACAAAGCUAAUGAGAUAUACCAGCUUGGAGAGUUCAGUUUAGAUAAAGCCCUUGAACUUUUCAAUUUGAUUGCCUUUAAGCAAAGUGAUCAUCAAUGGGAGUACAAUGAACUAUCAAAAAAGGUGGUCGAUUAUGCCAAAGGCAAUCCAUUAGUUCUUAAAGUCUUGGCUCAACUUCUUUGUGGAAAAGAUAAGGAAGAAUGGGAAGGUAUGCUAGACUCACUUAAAAGAAUGCCUCCUGCAGAUGUUUAUAAAGUAAUGAAACUGAGUUACGAUGUACUAGAUCGCAAAGAGCAACAGAUUUUUCUAGAUUUGGCAUGUUUCUUUCUUAGAACGAAUACAAUGGUAAAUGUGAGCAAUCUAAAAUCUUUACUGAAAGGCAAUGAAAGCCAGGAAACAGUGACUUUUAGGUUAGGAAGGUUGAAAGACCAAGCUCUUAUAACUUAUUCCGAUGAUAAUGUUAUAGCUAUGCAUGAUAGUUUACAAGAAAUGGCUAUGGAGAUUGUUCGUCGAGAGUCUAGUGAAGACCCUGGAAGCCGCAGUCGGUUGUGGGAUCCAAAUGACAUUUUUGAGGCAUCAAAAAAUGACAAGAGUACUAAGGCCAUUAGAAGCAUAUUGAUUCACUUGCCAACAUUCAUGAAGCAAGAGUUAGGCCCUCACAUAUUUGGAAAGAUGAACAGACUACAAUUUCUGGAAAUUUCUGGGAAAUGUGAAGAAGAUAGCUUUGAUGAACAAAAUAUUCUUGCAAAAUGGCUUCAAUUUUCGGCAAAUGAACUCAGAUUUCUUUGUUGGUAUCAUUACCCUCUAAAAUCCUUGCCAGAGAAUUUUUCUGCUGAAAAACUUGUCAUCUUGAAAUUGCCAAAGGGCGAAAUAAAAUACCUUUGGCAUGGAGUGAAGAAUCUGGUGAAUUUAAAAGAACUUCACCUCACUGACUCCAAGAUGUUAGAGGAGCUGCCAGAUUUAUCGAAUGCCACAAAUCUUGAAGUACUGGUUCUCGAGGGUUGUUCUAUGUUAACUACGGUGCAUCCAUCUAUUUUCUCUCUGGGAAAACUUGAGAAAUUGAACCUUCAAGACUGCACGUCCCUCACCACACUCGCAAGCAAUUCCCAUUUAUGCAGCCUGAGUUAUCUCAACCUUGAUAAAUGUGAGAAACUUAGGAAACUCUCACUGAUAACAGAGAAUAUUAAAGAACUGAGAUUAAGAUGGACGAAAGUCAAAGCAUUUUCAUUUACAUUUGGAGAUGAAAGCAAGCUUCAAUUGCUACUUCUCGAAGGAAGUGUCAUUAAGAAACUACCUUCAUCUAUAAAGGAUCUAAUGCAACUGUCACAUCUAAAUGUUAGCUAUUGCUCGAAGCUCCAGGAAAUACCAAAGCUUCCCCCAUCCCUUAAAAUUCUAGAUGCCAGAUAUUGCUCUUCACUUCAGACUCUAGAGGAGCUUCCUUCUUCCCUUAAAAUUCUAAAAGUGGGAAACUGCAAAUCACUUCAGAUACUACAAAAGCCUCCCCGUUUCCUCAAAUCUCUAAUAGCCCAAGACUGCACAUCAUUGAAGACUGUAGUGUUUCCUUCAACGGCUACUGAACAACUAAAGGAAAACAGGAAAGAGGUUCUGUUCUGGAAUUGCUUGAAGUUGAAUCAACAAUCUCUUGAGGCCAUUGCAUUGAAUGCGCAGAUCAAUGUGAUCAAAUUUGCAAACCGAUGCCUCUCUGCACCAAAUCACGAUGACGUUGAAAAUUACAAUGAUUAUGAUAAAAAAUAUCAUUUUUAUCAAGUUGUUUACGUGUAUCCAGGAAGUAGUGUUCUAGAGUGGUUGGAGUAUAAGACAAGAAAUAAUUAUAUAAUUAUUGAUAUGUCUUCAGCUCCACCUUCUCUCCCAGUGGGCUUCAUUUUCUGCUUCGCCCUUGGUAUGUAUGGAGACACAUCCCUGGAAAGAAUUGAAGCUAACAUUACUAUAAGUGAUCGUGAGGGUGAAGGUAAGAAGGACAGUGUUGGAAUGUACAUAGGUCUUCGGAAUGGCACAAUUGAAUCAGAUCACCUAUGUGUGAUGUACGACCAAAGAUGUUCUGCCUUCCUAUAUAGCAGAGCCAAAAAUCAAAAAGAGUUUAAAAUCGAGGUUUCAAUGGUGUUACGAUCCUCAUCCAAAGAAAUUUUGACACUGCCGCAGCAGAUGUUUAAAGGAUUCGGGAUCAGCCUAAUAGACACCUUGGGAUUUAGCAGUUUCAAACAACAAAUGGAAUUGCAUGACUCGCUCCAUGUUUAAAUUUCAUUAAACAAAUGGAAUUAGGUUGUGCUUCGUAUCAUCCCAGAAAUUUGAAUGUUGUUUUUGUUAGUCUCAUGGAGGCAGAGCAUAUAAUGCAAUGUAGAGGGCGAGUAUUUUGUUUGGAAGAUGAACCAGGAGUGUACAGGGUUUGGAUGCCAAAUGGUAAGACCCCAGGACUAGCAAUAUCUAGAAAUUUUGUGACAGAGAUGGGGUAUGAACAUUAUUUCUUUUCCACAUGUCUUUUUAAUCAUACAAUAGCUCCUUUUAUUGUCAGUUUUCUGACAAAGCCAAAAUGCAAAAGCGUAUAAAAAAUAUGUAAUUGUUUCAUGUAAAGACCAACUUAUUUUGUUUUUGUUUUUUCUUCUUCUAAUUUUUAAUGUGCUAGUUGUGCUCAAGUAAGUUUCCACAAGUUGUGUUUAUCGUAUCACAUUUAGGUUGAGUAUCCAUCCAAGUUUUUUACAGUGUGUUUGGUUUUUGCAGUUUGCACUUUCCAAGGGACCAAUUUGAAUGUCAAUCCAAUUCUCAUUGAUGAUUAUUGAUGUUCAACGUCCUUUAAUGUAUAUUCAUACAAAGCCCUAGUAGUUAGUACAUGGUUAUGUUAGUGUUGGAUUGCCUCCAACGUAUUUUUGCAAAAUUAUCCCCAUUGUUAAUUCUGCUUUAAUUGAAAUACACGCUGCCAAGAUUACGACGGGAAUACAAACAUAACCUUGGUCAUAUGAGAGUACUUUCAAUGAAAUUGCUUGUUAGUGAGAAACUAAAAAUUGCAAAGUUGGCUGGAUGACGUUCCAACAUACAUGAGCAAAAGUUGACUUUGAAACCUUCUUUUUUUUUUCCUGGAAAGUUGAGUUCGAAGGCUAACACCCAAAGCAUCCCUGAUCUAUAUAAUAUUGGAGGCCAAUGUCUUGUUUACCAUGAUCUGCAUCCAUUAUUCAUUUUUGGCCAAAGAAAAGGAAGAAGCUGGUAUUGUAUUAAUUUUUCAUGUGACAUCCUCCUCAUUCCUCAUUCGAACUUGUUGUAGAUAUCAAGUUUCUGUUUUAUAAUCUCUAAUUCUUCCAAUUCAUUUCUAACUUUCUUUUUCUCUCUAGUUACCUUGUGGCUCAAACAUAUUCGGGUGUAGAGACAAACAAAGAUGUAGUCUGCACUUGUUCCAAUCCAACACCAUACUCUGUCUGAGUUAUUCUGGAAAUUGAAUAUGUUGUAUUUUUUUGUCCCUUGUUUUUCUUUUUGUGUUAUUUUUCUUUGUCUCUGGGUUAUUUCAAAAGCUGAAGGGUGUAGAAGAAAAACCCAUGUCUAACAACAACACUCCUCCAAUAAAGUAUGAUGUUUUUGUAGCUUCAGGGGUGAGGUUGUGGCGGGUUUCUUAGCCAUUUGUUGGUGCUUUGCAAAGGAACAAAAUAAAUGCUUUCGCGGCUGACCAACUUGAGAAAGGAGAUGAAAUACGGCCAUCACUUGUUGAAGCAAUUGAACCCAAGACUAUGCUUCUUCACGAUGGUGUUUAGAUGAACUUGUGACAAUACUUGAGUGCAGAGAGAAAUAUGGACAGAUUAUAAUUCCUGUUUUCUACUAUGUGAAGCCCACAGAUGUACGACAUCAAAUGGGGAGUUAUGAAAAUGCAUUUGCUGAGCAUGAAAAAGAAUAUAAGACCAAGGUGGACAAUUGGAGAUAGGCUUUGAAAAAAUCUGUUGAUUUAUCAGGAAUUGAACCAUCAACAUUUCACUAAGCUCUUUUUUUCCAAUAAAUAUUCAACAUUCUGUAGCUGUUAUUUAGUUAUAUCAUUGUAUUGUAUGCAUAUCGUCACAAUGUAGUUGGUUAAAUUGCAAAAAGAUGUAACCUUUAUUUUGUUUUCUAAAAUUGUUUUUAGCAGAA